UAUAAUAAAACCUGUGAGUGAUCUCCUUUUCUUGUUAUUAUGUAUAUUUAUCCCAGUCGUGACAACAAGUAUGACGCUGUUAUUCUUCACAAGAAACACCAUGGACAUACUCUUGAAACUCUACCUCCAGGAAGGUAUGAUAAUGUCGUUGUUUGGAAGACAGAUGUCCGAUCAACACAAAAAGUGAUUGGUCGGACAUUUUAAUAUCAGUUUUUCUUGGACAAUGGACGAAGAAAAUUUUUUUAUGGUCUUUUUCAUCAACGUGAUGUAUUUCGGCUGGUCAUAAUGAUCUGCACUGUAGUGCAUCUAAAACUGAGUAGCUUUAAAUCUAGUAAUCUACCAGUCGUAGAUUACGGCUUAAUGCAGCCAAGAAAUAAUGGAAGAGUGUCGUUUAUAUUGCUUUGGUUUCAUUAAUGAAAUUGUGUUCAAAAUCAAUUUUUUGAGAUUGGAUAUUUGACCAACCUAAAUCGGUCGGUCAGAUGUCCGAUCCGAAAAAAACGUUGAUCGGACAAAAGGUAAAAUUUGGCCGGCACUAAUUUGCAGGCCUGACAGAGACAGUGGCGUCCUGGCCUGUGUUCGACAAGGGAGGCCCGAGGCCAACUGGGAAUUUGGCGCCCCCUUAAUUUCUUCCUUGUAAUUUGUAUAUGGGCGAGCGCCAUAGACGCGAGAUGCGCAUGAGCGCCCAGGGCAUGCCCUUGGAAAAUUUUAAAAUCAAUAGUUCCUGAAAAGCCAUUUUAUGCGUUUUGAGAGGCGUUUUGACGAAAUAUUUAGAUCAAUAAACUGCAUAUAUGCAUUGGGGAGUAAAGGUAUUGGAUAAUUGGAUAUAUACCAAUUGGAUAUUUGGAUACAUACCAAAAGUUGGUGAACGACUGAACAAGACUGUGCGCGAGAGAUAUUAUUGAUUAAAUUAUGUUUACAUAGUUUUCUAGGUCUAUAAAGGAGAAAGUUUGAUUUGUAAAAAAAUGUUAAUUUACAAAAGUGCUUUUGGUAGUUCCAUUGACGUCUUUGCAAACACGUCGAUAAUACGCUCUUUGUCCAGAGACUGUAAAAUUCCCCGCUCAACAGCCAUCAAAAGUAAGGCUUCCAAUCGUCCUAGCAACAUAGUUGAUCGAAUUCAAGUUUUCACUCUCUUAAGUGCUGAGAAUGAGCGCUCAGCAGUGGUAGAACUGAUAUAGAGAUUGCAACCGCAAUCGCAUAUACACUUUACAAAGUGUGACAUAUGUAUCGCCCAGGUGGUAAUGAGGAUGCGACAGGAUUCUCAGGGCCUCAAGAAAAGAUAGUACAUCUUCGUAGGAGGUGUCUUCGUCUGAUUCUUCAUCAUGAUCUGAAUCAUCAUGAUCGUUCUCAUCAAUAAUAUUCUUCUUCAGAAUCAGAGCCAUCGACAUCGUGAAAAGCUGAUCUAAAAAAUUCCAAUUCGGACUGGCACUUUUGUGUCUGCUUUCGGUGAUUUUGUGCAAUUUCGGCGCCCCAUUUAUGCUUUGGCGUCCCCUAAAAAAUUUUCGCUGGGGGCAUGGCCUCUCCCCCUGCCAGCACGCCACUGGAGAGAAAUGUCUGUACAAUACAUAAGUCAGUUUUGCUCAGCGUUAUAUACCGUGCUGCAUAUAUACUGCUGUCAACUUCACAUGUGCUCACAUAUUUAUGAUGCUCAAAAUAUUUCUAUUUGAUGUAUAAUGUAUUUCCUAAAACUCAGGUAGCCAAUUCAGUCUUAUAAACUUUCGCAAGUCAGAAAACUUUAGUUGGAGACUUAAUGAAACAGCCUGCACUCGGUCUGCUCUGAUAGAUAUCCUCAUACAUUAUAAUAGUAUUGACUCCACCCACCUUAUAAAACAUUUAUAGAAUGUGUUGUUUUUCAUCCUUUUGCUUUUGCACCCAAAUAUAUUUCAUCAGUCUACGCAAACGCAUGUUUGUAGAAUUCAUUGCAAACCACUUCGGGUGCUUUGUUUUUAUCAUGCAGCAUGUUUUCCCCUAGUCAUUACCCUGGCUGCAUUGUAGACUGAAAUGGCUUUUUAUUUCCAGUGUUAUAGGUACAAGUUCUCUACGGAGAGUUGCACAACUUGCGAGAAGAUAUCCACAUUUAAAAUAUGAAAAUGUUGUAUCCUUGAGAAAAAUAUGAGUUGUUGUCGUAGUAGACGUAAUCGUUGUCGUCGUCGUUGUUUUUAUUGUCGUCGUCGUUGUUGUUGUUGUUGUUGUUGUUGUUGUUGUUGUUGUUGUUGUUGUUGUUGUUGUUGUUGUUGUUGUUGUUGUUGUUGUUGUUGUUGUUGUUGUUGUUGUUGUUGUUGUUGUUGUUGUUGUUGUCGUCGUCGUCGUCGUCGUCGUCGUCGUCGUCGUUUGUAUUUGUAUUUAAUUAUAUUUAUACACGGUAACCUAUCAAUUGAUAUUGAUUUUCAUAGGGCCGUGUAAUAUUUACAAGUAAGAGAAUAGAAUUAUAAUAUUUACAAUUUAUCGUUUAGAUGCUGAUUCCAGGUCUUAGCCCCCAUAUAACUAAAACUUCUCUUCAUAGAGUUUGUAUUUGGUUUUGACAGUCUUAGAAAUUUGCCAUUACUUCUUAAAUUAUAAUUAAAAUUGUUGCACUUUUCAAAAAGGCUACUAUUAUCUCCGGACCAUUAUCAUUCAUAACAUUACUCAUACAUUUUUCCAUGAGAUUUUGUCGCCUUUCAUCCAGUGUUUUCCAGCCUAACUUAAAGUGCCUAUGACACGAAAUUUCACCCCAAAUGUUUAUGGUUGUAUUGUAAAGAUCACUGGUGGUGGUGGUGUUGUUGUUGGUGUUGUUGGUGGUGUUGUUGUUGGUGUUGUUGGUGGUGUUGUUGGGGUCGGCGUCGUCGUCGUCGUGGUGGUUGUUGUCGUUGUUGGUGUUGCAAAACAAGUAGAUGUACUCUGGCACCAGAUAGAAGGCAUUAACCUUGACGUACUUGAAUGUAGAGAGGAAACCUGAAUACUCGAUUAAGAAAACUAGACGAGGAUAACAAAUACGAUGCUUUAGUGUUGGCUGUUGCUGGUAUUCACAGAAUGAACUGGCACGAAAGAAUAAGUCAGGUAUAUAUAGUCCGCAUAUUACACCAUUUUGCUAACACACGUGUAUCCUAUUUCCACAGGAUAAGCCAUUCGAACGUCGUACGGUUGAUCGCAGAUAUCUUGUAAUUGUUUAUAUUUUUCAGAUCCUCACGCCACCUAGUUGUUUGUAUGCAGUUGGACAGGUAACUGAAAUAUUUUGCCAUAUAGUCACUCACUUGCUUAAACGGAAAAUGGUGAAAUAAUGUAUGGUAUAUAGGUGUCCUAAUGUAUGUCCAUACUGUCACAGGUUAAGUGGCAUAAGCAGUGCUGGUGACAGGGUGGGGCUGAGGAGACAAAAUAUAUACCAAGGGACCAGAUCCAUCAAAGGCGUCAGAUCCGUUGAAGCUGAGCAAUCUCUCUUUCCAGUUAUUUGAUUUCAAAAUAAACCAAAUUAUCGUUCAUUGUUUUAGGGCGCCCUAGCUGUGGAAGUCAGAAAUAAUGACAAAGAAACUCUAGACGUGUUAUCCAAGUUAACUCAUUUACAAACACUAAUUUGUUGUGCUGCAGAAAGAGCCUAUUUACAUCGCUUGGUAAGUUUUGUAACUGUAUUUUCAUGCUCCUAAGUAUAACAUUAGCAUUAGGCAAAUUUCACUUCGCUACCACUACGUCUCACUGGUUUAGUCCGCAUCCGAUUGCGAAUUUGAACCUCUCCAAUAUAGGACAUGUAUAUUGUAAUUGUUCGUCAAAGUCGUUUACGAUCGAGCCCGAAGGGUAUAAAUACAAAUAAUUUAUUCAUUUAUUCUCAUUGCUGUUUUGCUAUAUAAUGUGGUGUGUUCUAAAAAUGUUCAAUGUAAAUUUUUCAGGAGUUGUGAAUGGUUUAACCCAAGUUUUAUUAUCGUUUGGUAUUUUUUCUUUCUUUUUUUUAGGAAGGAGGCUGCAGCGCACCAGUUGGUAUCUCGGCAGAAUGGCAAGAUAAUAAAGUAAGUGUAAACAAGUUUUAAAGUAUGUAUAUUUCUGUUCAUAUAUUUAAUUUAAAUGUACUUAGUCUUAGAUCAUAUUAUUCUUAGUCUUAGUUAUAGUAUUAUAUUAUUUUACUAAAACUGUUCUAUUAUUAUUUUAUUGUUAUUAUUAUUACGUGUAAACAACCGUUCCACAUGUGGUAUAUCCAGGUGUGAGUUAUCUAAGGGAUGUCCGUAUGGGCUGUCAUGCAGGCUACUUCAAGGCGAGAUCCCAUACCUGUAUGGUUGCUUCUCUCCUGUGCUUCGAGCACUUGUUUCUUUCCACGGACCCUCCAAUUUUUCUCCUUCAACAAACCUAUGUCGUAGUUGUCGUGCACAUGUCAUACACCCUACGUCAUCUUGGCUAUAGAGCCUCGUUUUCGUAAUAGACCUUAUGCAUAAUGACGUCACAAGGCUUGAUGCCUGCAAGGAAUGCUGGUCUUAGUAGUCAUCGCCCGGGAAAAUUUCGAUAGUGGCCAUUUUGAAUUGUUUAAUUUUCCCGGGCGAUGACUACUAAGACCAGCAUUCCUCGCGGGCAUCAAGCCUUGUGACGUCAUUAUGCAUAAGGUAUAUUGCGACCGUUGGGCGUUAACUAAUGUCACACAAAACUAAAUUGACGUAUUUUAGGGUGUAUUCGGCGACCACACCCUGUGUAAAACGACAUGAAAAAUACUUCUUUCAUACAAUAAUACUUUCAAAUCCACAGUAAGAAUUGCUUUCGUUUAUUUGGGAGAAACAGCCUUCCUAGGCGAGAUCUCGCUAUUGACCCUGAUUCUUCCACAGUCCCUCAUCCGCACGCGGUUAGCCGCGCGCGUCCAUUGUUCUCCCACUGAUCUCUAUUCGAAACUGAAGCGACGAGGCAGCUAUUAACCUAGAAGAGUUAGAUUUCACACGUAUAUAUGCAUCCCUUAGGGGCCGAUUACAUGGAGCAUUUUCAACCCCGAGGUUGAACUUAGCCCUGUGUAUCGGGUUGAAAUUUCAGCCCUGUCUGUAAUACAAAACUCUAUCAAAAUCAAACGCGCGAUUACAUGACAAAAUUUUCAACCCAGGGCUGAGUUCAACCCCGGGGUUAAUUUCAACCCUGCUUCAGCUAGCAGGGUUGAAAUUUCAACUCCGGGGUUGUGUGUUUAUGGUUUAUAGUAACGAAUUUGCCUUCUCUUUAGUUAAAACUUGAAGGCGCUGUGUUAAGUCUGGAUGGUGGACAAUGCAUAACUGACGAAGUUUGUCACACAGUUGAACAGAACACAAGUGAAAAUGACGACAUGGAAUAUUUAUCAGACAUAUCAACAACAUGUGUUAUAAUUCCUGAAUAUUUAAAACAUGCCCUACAAUGUUCCGAAAAUUCUGGUAUUGAACUUGCCAACAUGCUUCUGAAUCGUGGAGCAGGAGAAGUCAUGAAGAUUGCCAAAGAAAUGAUUGAAAAGUCUUAACAUCCCUAAUGCAAUUUAUUUUAAUAUGAAUAAUUCAUUUAAGAAAACUUUCCGCUGUUUUAAAAAACGUUCACACGAGACAGGACGAGUUCGGAACCGAGAAAACUGAAAGCCCUCCGGUUCCAUGCAUUCGGUUCACCUGGUACUGUAAAUGAACGAUUAACUAAAGUAACUGUGGUGGUAAAUACCAUCCUCAAAUGAUCGUGUUUUGUGAUUGGGUUCAUACAACAAUACUCGUUCUUUAGAAAAAUGAUUUUUAUAGUUCACUGUCUUUUGUUUUGAUCAACCAAUCACAAAGUCCUACAUUGUAGUUUCUGUGCGUCCCCGCGUAAAGAGUACUUUUCCGAAUUCACCCGAUCCUGUGUGAACAAAACCUUUAUUUCUUUUUGAAGUUGCUUUUGGUCAGACACGUAUGAUCCGUCUGGACGAACUUGGGCAAAGAUGUUAGUCUUAUAAGUCGUCAGUAUAAACCAGAGCUUGAAACAACAGCCGAUCGGUAUCACCGAUCGGCAAAAAAUUGUUUAUGAUCAGAGGAUAAACAGGGUUUUCAACCAGGGAAAGUCAAGGGAGUUUGGGAACCUUAUUUCAAGCCCUGUAAAUAAACUAUCCGGCAAGACGAACUAUAGUAUCUGCAUAUAGUUGGUCGGCACAGAUGAACUUGCAGGCCUAUUUCGUCUUGACCAUUUAGGGCAGCUCAUUAUUUAUGGCGGUGGUGGCACAGAAGAGAAAAAGGGUUGGGUAAACAAAAUUUCGAGAAAGUAAAAGGUUGGGUAAAUGAAAAACAAAACAACUCGAUUGUCGCGUAAUAAGAAAUUAUUGUCAUGUCCAAAGCAUGGCUCACUCAAAUAGACUAAAAAGUAAUGUCAACAGUCAGUCAUGAGGUGUCUCCAAAGAAAGUACAUGUGCAGACAACGUGAAACUUGUCAGUUUGCAGAAAAUUGCACAAGCAGUCAUCAAACUCGUGUCACAGAAGUGACAACUGAAUGGUAUCCUUUUGUAAAGUUUUUGGCCAGGGGCGGGUAUUUAUUUUUCAAUUGAUCUAUGACGUUGGUAAAAAAUAUUUUGACUUUUUAAUGGGUUAGAUCAGCAAAAUUUGUACCAAUAAAAACGUUCCUCUUCGGUGCCACCCCCCCCCGCCAUAAAUAAUGACCGGUUCCUUAGCUGUGGAAAAUGUAUUGUACCGUGUGUUGAAUCAUGCAUCAUUUCGAUAUUCAUUAAAUUAAAUACAUUAGCUGGAGAAACGAAAAAUUCAAUUUUAUUUUAUUUAUAUUUAAAUAAUUUGUUAGGCAAUCAAAUGAAAUAAACUCUAAUUCAAUGUAAUGAUUUGCUACUUACUACUUGUAUAAAUCGUGAGUGAUGCUUUCCAACUUUUACAUGCAAGCAGUAGUUUGCAUUGAAUGCCAUACUGACAGUGGUGUAACGGAGGGAGAGGGGCGUAUUUGGUGUGGGGGCCCUUGUUGACUGUUGUCAUUCUUUGACUGAGAUAUUAUAUUUAUAUUGAAUAUUUAUAAAAUGUUCUGGAAAAUUCCAUGUCUAUAACAAUAACAAUAUCUGUUUUAUUUGAUGGAAUAAAAAAAUCAGCUACCGUUGUCGAUGGAGGUUUAAUUUUUAGCAUAAUUAAUUUUGCAUUGAUUCUUAAAGUGCAUAUGACAUGAAUUUUCUUAAAUGAAAGAACUCUUUAAGCUGUAGUGUAACCUAUUUUUCAGUUUCUUGUUUUUAUGGUUUGUUCCAGAGAUAUUUCAAUUUGUUUGAUAUGUAAAUGAGUGUGAAACGCUAAUUUAUGACGUCAUGUUGGUGGCAAGCUCUUCAAAAUGGUUGAAUAUCACUGCUAUCAUCCAAGAUGAUAAUGAAACACUGUAGAAAAACGUGAACAGAUAUCUACAGUUUUUAGAGAUUUACGAUUUAUAACCAGUGUAACAUAUCAAACAAAUUGAAAUAUCUCGGGAACAAACCAUGAAAACAAGAAAAUGAAAAAUAAGUUACACUACAGCUUAACUUUCGUUUAAGAAAAUGAGAAAUUUCAUGUCAUACAGUAUUCACUUUAACUUGCAUUUUUUACGUUUUCUAAUUUUCUGGGCGAUACGCCGAUAGGCCGUGGCUGAUGGGCCCUAACUGUUGGGGGCCCUUAGUUUUUGAACUAACCCUACCUAAUGAGCGUUACGCCACUGCAUACUGAGUAAUUAGAGAAAAAAUCUUUCAAAGUAUGGCAAAUGUUAAAUAUGAAUUACAAUAUAUCAAAACCGACCAAACUACGGCACGUUUUGAGAGAUCUGCACUACACAACCCUGGUAUUCCCGUUGGAGUCCUGUUCUAAGUUACUAUUAGUUAAUUGCUACUCCCAAUGCUAAUCCCAAUCAAGAUAGUUUUAUAGUUCUCUAUUAUUAUUCAGACUUCAUGCGUUGACUGGUGACACGAUAUAUAACACUAUCACGGCCAGGAUCCAUAUACCACAUGACAACAGAUACAGCAUAGACAGUCAACACGAGAAUAACCAUCAACCACAGAGAAAUGUUAAAUAUUGGAGGAAACUCGUUGUCAUAGUAAUCGUCAACAAUUGCAAAGUUCUGGUUGUUUUUGCAAUUUGUUUUCUACAUAGGAAAAUAAUAAGAAUUUCUAUAAAACAUGAUUGAAAUGAGGGCAUUCUCUAUGUAGCUUUUGUGUUCAACAUCUCU